GGUGGAGGGGGGGGGGUUUGUCUGUUGGCGUCGAAGCAGGGAGGGGUGAAGGAAGCGCCGUUCCGGCCUCCUCGCUUUCCGCUCUCGCGAAGGGGACGCUGAGGGAUCCGUAGGGUCGCCCGGGGAGGUGGGGCGGAGAGGUGGGGGACGCCUCUACCUCACACGUCCACGAUGUGUGUGUGUUUUUAAAGAGGCUCUUCUAAAAGCCGUGGCCGCCUUUUUCUUUCUGCAGUCCCGGCCAAAGCCGCCGUCGCCGCCUUUUUAAACCCCCCCCCUUGCCUGGGCUGGCGCGGAGUCUGUUUUCUGCAGGCCGGCUUUUGUCUGUUCUUGGCGCGUCUCCUUAAGUGAAUGGGGUCGGUCGGGGUGGGUAGGUGGGAGAGUAUCUGCCUGCCCGAUUGCUGCACCACGGUGGGGAAAGUCUGGGGGGGACACCCCCCCAUGAUCUCCUUCCUCGGGUUGGGGGGAGGUUAGACGUUGUCGGAAAGCGGCCCUCCUCCCCCUUCGAGGAGCUCCCGGUCCUGUCUCGGAUCUGGACACGUAAGAACCCGAAAGAUGGACGGUGAUAGCUCUACAACAGAUGCUUCUCAGCUGGGAAUUGCUGGAGAUUACAUAGGUGGUAGUCACUAUGUGAUACAGCCUCAUGAUGAUACAGAGGACAGCAUGAAUGAUCAUGAAGACACAAAUGGCUCGAAAGAGAGUUUUCGAGAACAAGAUAUAUACCUUCCAAUUGCAAAUGUGGCAAGGAUAAUGAAAAAUGCUAUACCUCCCACAGGGAAGAUUGCUAAAGAUGCAAAGGAGUGUGUUCAAGAGUGUGUAAGUGAAUUCAUCAGCUUUAUAACAUCAGAAGCAAGUGAGAGGUGUCAUCAAGAAAAACGGAAGACUAUAAAUGGGGAAGAUAUUCUCUUUGCUAUGUCCACCCUGGGAUUCGACAGCUAUGUUGAACCUUUAAAGUUGUAUCUUCAGAAAUUCAGAGAGGCCAUGAAGGGAGAAAAGGGUAUUGGAGGAGCAGUUACCACAGCAGAUGGCCUUAGUGAGGAGCUCACAGAGGAAGCAUUUACUAAUCAGUUGCCAGCAGGCUUAAUAGCUACAGAUGGCGCACAACAGAAUGUUAUGGUUUAUACAACAUCUUACCAACAGAUCUCUGGUGUUCAGCAAAUUCAGUUUUCAUGAUUUGAAGAAGGCUUUGGAUCUGGGAACAUGAGAGAGAUGGGCAUGGAACUAGGGAAUGCUGAAGGAGAGGAUGCUUUGUUUUGAAAUGGCUGGUAAAGAGAGGAAAGUCACUUUGUAUAUUCAAUAGCUGUAAUGUAGCUGCCUGAAGCUUGACUAAUUGAGGUGUGAAUUCUGACUCAAAAUCUUUUUCAUGAAUGACUUUAAAAGAAAUUGGAUUUUAAAGGUAUUAAAGUAUUUUUGUUUUGUACAAGAGUUUGUUGCUCUGUAUAACUCCUGUAUGCAUUGUAUAUUGCAAUUUACUACUGUCAAGAGAUUUGUAGACAGUUUCUUAUUUUCAUAUCAAAUCAUGUUACUUUUGUAAUUCAAGUAAACAGCUGGGUUUAAUUCAUGUUUACCCUUUGAAUAAAAGAUAAGGGUAACGUUCAUUUUGAAUGCAAGUUGCCUUUAUUAUAAAAACUGAGAUGACCUUUUGUUUUGUAAUUGUCUUGCAUGACUAAAGUUAACAUUAACUAUUUAUUAAUAUUUGAACUUUGAAAGGGAAUUCCUCAAGCGCCAGCAGUUCAGGAGAAGUGACCCCAGUGUUCUUAAUGUAAUGGUUGAAUUAAUGUGAACCCAGAAGUAACCAGUCUUUAGAUCUUAGCAUUAGAAGCUUGAGACAUCAUUUGCCAGGAAUUGUUUUGCACAAGCUUCAUAAGAAUGAAGGGAACAUUUUGGCAAAUACUGUCUUCUUGUGAGCAGGGCUAGUUGUGGAUUGUCUGGUGCCCAAUAAAGUGUAUUAACUGUACCUUGUAGUGCAGUCCCCAUUUUGCCACAACUAGAAUUAUGUAGUAAAAAAUUUUUUGUUGAUCACAUUGACUUAGAGGCAUUCGUCUCACUGCUUUUGAAAUAAACCCUUUUUAAUUUAUGAUCUC